AAAGCCAUGUGUGUUGGUGGAUGGAACUGCUCCCGAAAGGUUGGUGGAGGCUGUUUGUGCAGCACAAAUGCAGCCACUCUGUAGUGGCCUGGAUUGGAACAGGCAGGCUCCUCCUGCACACGAAAUCCCCGUGGAAAUCCUGCGUGGCAGCAGCUCCGCCACCCUCUCGGGUUAAGAAUGGAGGCAUCGUGCCUGGAGCUGGCCCUGGAAGGAGAGCGCUUGUGCAAGGCUGGUGACUUCAAAGCUGGGGCAGCCUUUUUUGAAGCAGCAGUGCAGGUGGGGACAGAGGACCUGAAGACUCUCAGUGCCAUCUACAGCCAGCUGGGCAAUGCCUAUUUCUACCUGAAGGAGUAUUCCAAAGCCCUGCUGUACCACAAACAUGACCUUACCCUGGCCAGGACCAUUGGGGACCGGAUUGGAGAAGCCAAGGCCAGUGGCAACCUUGGGAACACCCUGAAGAUCCUGGGGCAGUUUGAUGAAGCUGUUGUGUGCUGCCAGAGACAUUUGGACAUUUCUCGGGAGCAGGGAGACAAGGUGGGUGAAGCCAGAGCYCUCUACAAUAUAGGGAAUGUUUACCAUGCCAAGGGAAAGCAYUUAUCCUGGAACACGGCCCAGGACCCCGGCUACCUGCCUCAGGAAGUCAAGGACACRCUGCAGAAAGCUUCAGAAUAUUAUGAGAGGAACCUGUCCCUGGUGAAGGAGCUGGGGGACAGAGCUGCUCAGGGCCGCGCUUACGGCAACCUGGGCAACACCCAGUACUUGCUGGGCAACUUCAGCGAGGCCAUCGCCUUCCACAAGGAGCGCCUGGCCAUCGCCAAGGAGUUUGGGGACAAAGCAGCCGAGCGCAGAGCCUACAGCAACCUGGGCAAUGCUCACAUCUUCCUGGGGAGGUUCGACAUCUCUGCUGAGUACUACAAGAAAACCCUCCAGCUCUCCAGGCAGCUCAAAGACCAAGCAGUAGAAGCCCAAGCUUGCUACAGCCUGGGGAACACGUGCACACUGCUGCAAGACUAUGAGAGAGCCAUCGAGUACCACCUGAGGCACCUGGUGAUAGCCCAGGAGCUGGGGGACAGGGUGGGAGAAGGAAGAGCCUGCUGGAGCCUCGGCAAUGCCUACGUCUCCCUGGGCAGCCACGAACAGGCUCUGCACUUUGCGAGGAAACAUCUGGAGAUCUCCCAGGAGAUCGGGGACAGGAGCGGGGAGCUGACAGCUCAGGUCAACGUGGCUCAGCUCAGGACAGCUCUGGGCCUGGGCCCUGGGGAGGAGGAYGUGGCUGCAGCUCAUCCCUACUCUGGCUAUGAGGCACAAGGAGCCAGGCCAAAGAGACUCCAGAGGAACAGCAUGGACAGCUUAGACCUCCUCAAGUUCCCUUCUGAAAAGGAGCAGAAUGGGGACAGCCACCACGUGGGAGAGCUGAAGAUCUCAGGAAAGGAGUUCUUGUCAUUACCUGUGAGAACCAAGAAAUACCGGGAGCACCAAYCCAGCUCGGAGAGGAAACCCCAGGGAUCAAAUGCAUCCCCUCUGGACGCUGGGGAAGUGCGAGUCCAGCUGCCACAGUCGAAAAUCAACCGGACCCCUUCGGACGAGGAAUGCUUCUUUGACCUGUUGAGCAAGUUCCAGAGCAACCGGAUGGACGAUCAGCGCUGCCCGUUGGAGGAGUGCCCAGCGGAGGCUGCGGAGGCGGCUGCCACGCGGGUCCCUGCCCUGGGAGAGCGGAUCUCACAGUCCACCUUGAUGGCAUCUCCACAGACAGAGGAGUUCUUUGACCUCAUYGCCAGCUCCCAGAGCAGGCGCCUGGAUGACCAACGUGCCAACGUGGGCAACCUGCCCGGCCUGCGGAUAACCCACAACAACCUGGGCCACCUGCGUGUGGAGGGGGAUGCCCAGGAGCCYGGGGAUGAGUUCUUCAACAUGCUCAUGAAGUGUCAGUCCUCCAGGAUCGAUGACCAGCGCUGUGCCCCCCCAGACUCUGUCCCCCGUGGCCCCACCAUGCCUGAUGAAGACUUUUUCAGCCUCAUCCAGCGUGUCCAGGCCAAACGCAUGGACGAGCAGCGCGUGGAUUUGGCCUCAACCCAGGAGGAGGCCGAGGAGGAGCAGCAGAGGCCUGGUUCCAGCUAAGAACUGGGCUUUGGUCUGGGGUUAGGGUUGUUUCAGCUUUAUUUUGUUUUUUUAAAAAGGAAAAAGAGUAGGUGGGUUCAAGCCYGAGUGCUCCUGUGCUCCCACAGUCUUGUCCCGGGAGCUGCACCUCCAUCGUGUUCCUAUGGGAAAGCCCAAUGGAUGGGAGUUUUUAAACAAGGGUUUUUUUAGGACUCUCUUUUAGGACUCUCAGCCACUCUCACUGGGCACAGCCAAAGGGAAGACUUUAGCAGCACUUUAGUUGAUCACCUAAAACCCCAGGAACUUGGAGGAGCCCACAGGGGGUAGUUAAUUCCAGCCUUGAUAUCUUUUACUUCCACAACACUUUUAAUUAAACAGGGAAAGGGAAGAACACCUUUUCCAUUUUUAAGUCUUUCUGUCUUCCCUGACACAAAUGGCUCUGGAUCCUUCCCUGGAACAUWUUGUUCAGCUUUGUUCCUUCUACAGAGAAAAAGAGCCCAAGUCCUUUAAACCUUACCCUACGCCAGCUGCAUCGUGGUCCCRCACACCUGAGUGUAUUUUAGGUUUGCUGAGGACUCUCUGAAGAGCCUUGGACAUGCUCUGCUUCCAGCUGCAGCUCUGCAGGACCUCCUGAGCAGGAGCAAAGCCUAAAAUUCAUCCUGAGCUUUAGUAGGAUUUGUUACCGCUGGAGCCAGKGAGCUCUGCAGCCACAACUGCAGCCCCAGGGCAGGGGCUGUGCCUGGACAGGGGGAAGGAGGCCUCUGCCCAACGUUUCAGCCCAGGGCAAACAGGGACAGCUCCUGGUGCCACUGAGCCAAGGUGAGGGUGUCCAGACAGAACCUGUGUGUGACAGGACYCUGCUUCAACAGCCAGCAAAGCUUUCUGCCUAUGGCUCGUCCUUCCUCCCUUCYGUGUCCAACAGCAGCUCUGGACAAUGGCCCUUCCCUGCUCUGAUUCCUCCCCAAAGCAGCCCUGAGCUGCUCCCAGGGAGGCACUCUGGUUCUGCCCACCUGUCUCCAGUCACUGGAGC